CAGCGGGGCAACACACAUGCUAGGACCUACCUCGGAUAAUAUCUGCCAGCGGACUGUGUGAUGUCGUCGGCGCGAAGCAUCUGCUAAAGGUCUUUCCCUACGCUCCAUCGCAGCCCCGAACUAAGACAUCGAAAACGCACAUUCAUUCCCGUUGAACGUUUGUCGAGCAAUUGCGAUCCUUACGCCCAUAUCGCGCAAAGGAACCUCGUUUGAACCCGGGCAGCCUGCAAACAUCAUGUCGUCCUCGCCCGACAUUUUCCACGGCUGGGUUGGUCAUGACCCCAAGUCGGCGCAGGGUAAUAUGCAGUGGGAGGCUUUUACCCCCAAACCUUUCGCCGAAACCGAUGUCGACAUCAAGAUCACACAUUGCGGUAUUUGCGGUACAGAUAUCCACACCCUACGCGAAGGCUGGGGCGCGACGCACUAUCCCACUUGCGUCGGCCACGAAAUUGUCGGCCAUGUCGUGCGACGAGGAUCGUCACCCGCCGCUCAGCGCUUCCAGAUUGGCGACCGCGUCGGCGUUGGUGCUCAGGCGGCAAGCUGUCUCAAAGCAGACUGCGAAGAGUGUUCGACGGGGAUGGAACAACAUUGCGGAAAGGGUUUCGUCGGUACGUACAACGGCCUGUACAGGGAGCACAAUUACUGGAGCAUGGGCGGUUAUGCGGACUACACCCGAGUUGCAGCACACUUCGCGGUCAAGAUACCAGAGCGGGUGAAGAGCGCGGAUGCGGCACCUAUGAUGUGUGGAGGAAUCACCGUAUACGCGCCACUAAAGAACAACGGUGCUGGGCCGGGGAAAAAGGUUGGCAUUGUAGGGUUGGGUGGAUUGGGACAUUUCGGUGUGCUUUUUGCGAAAGCACUUGGAUGCGAGAAAGUGGUCGCGAUUAGUAGGAGACGGAACAAGGCUAAGGAUGCAGAGACUCUUGGGGCGGAUGACUUCAUCGCAACGAACGAGGACGACAAAUGGGAGAAGAAAAACUCGCGCUCCCUCGACCUCAUAAUCUCAACAGUGUCCUCACCGGAUAUGCCGCUUUCAGGUUACCUGCGCCUCCUCCGAACGAAUGGUACAUUCAUCCAGGUUGGGGCUCCAGAGGGAGAUCUUCCUCCUAUUGCCGCGUUCGCCUUGAUCGCGAAAGGCUGCAAGAUUGGCGGCAGCCAGAUUGGCAGUCCCAAGGAUAUCGAGGAAAUGUUGCAGUUCGCUGCGACAAAGGGUAUCAAGCCCUGGGUACACCAACGACCGAUGCGUGAAGCCAAUCAGGGCGUUGUGGAUUUCGAAGAAGGCAAGGCAAGGUACAGAUACGUGCUCGUCAACGAAGAGAAAGAGCAGUCUCAGUUAUGA